GGCUCGUCUCUUUUGCACCCAAUCCUCAAUCAAACACUCUCUGUUGUAAAGCCAAGUCAUAGUCGUUUUACUGCCACAUUUCUUUAUCAGUCUGAUCGCGACCGUUUGCGACUUGCGACCUCAAAACCACACAUAGAUAGGAUAGCAUCACAUUUUAUUUUUUAGUUUUAAAACUCAAAUUUGCAGACGAGGUCACCAAGAUGUCGAGCACCGGGCAGCCACUGGACACGAACUGCAUGACCUUAACUCGGUAUGUCUUGGCUGAGCAGCGCAAGGUGCCGGGAGCCACCGGCGACCUGACGCAGCUCCUCAACAGUCUUCAAUCAGCCAUCAAGGCGGUCAGCUCGGCCGUGAGGAAAGCCGGCAUAGCCAAGUUGUUUGGCAUAGCCGGAGAGACGAAUGUGCAGGGUGAGGAGGUGAAGAAGUUGGACGUCUUGUCCAACGAGCUGUUCAUCAACCUGUUGCGCUCAUCCUUUACUACCUGUCUGCUGGUCAGUGAGGAGAAUGAGGCGGUCAUCGAGGUCGAAACUGACAGACAGGGCAAAUACGUGGUUUGCUUUGACCCCCUUGAUGGAUCUUCCAAUAUUGACUGUCUCGUCUCGAUUGGAUCAAUUUUUGCCAUUUACAAGAAGUCACAUGAUUGUACCCCUAGUGUGGCUGAUGCUCUACAGCCUGGAAAUAAAUUGGUCGCUGCUGGUUACGCUCUGUACGGAAGCGCCACAAUGAUGGUCCUUUCCACUGGACAAGGAGUGAAUGGCUUCAUGCUGGACCCCGCUAUUGGUGAGUUUGUGUUGACCGAUCCGAACAUGCGCAUCCCAAGCAGAGGCAAAAUCUACAGCAUCAACGAGGGCUAUGCUCAUUUAUGGGAGCCUGCAGUUGCCGAGUACGUUGCCAGCAAGAAAGACCCUGCCAAGGGAAAAAUCUACGGUGCUCGAUAUGUAGGGUCGAUGGUUGCUGAUGUGCACCGUACUCUCAAGUAUGGAGGAAUCUUCAUGUACCCCGCCACUAAGGAUGCUCCCAAGGGCAAGCUGCGCCUGCUUUACGAGUGCAACCCAAUGGCCUACAUCAUUACACAGGCUGGAGGACUGGCUUCAAAUGGAAAAAUUCCGACCCUAGACAUUGUGCCUGAUUCCAUCCACCAGCGAGCUCCCAUCUUUCUUGGUUCCAAAGAUGAUGUUCAGGAUGUACUGGACAUUAUCAAGAAACACUCGGUCUAAUUUUUUAAGACUGAAUUAGGGUGCUGCAGGUUGCAUUUUCCAGCAAGACUGAAUUAAGUGCCCAAUUCCUUAUACAAAAUUUUUGUCAAUUUUUGUAUUCCAAUAAUCAUACCUGUUACUGCGUUAAAAAAGUUUAUUCCAAAUAAAUAUGCUGUUGAGAUUUAAUUCUAAAAGCAAUAAAGGUUUAUGUGGGUAUUCCUAAAAUUGUAA